AUGCACGACGCAGUGCGGGGCGUGCGGAACUCCGAGCGUGCGGAAGAACCGAAACCUCAGCAAGAGCCAGCGGCCCCGGCCGUCUCGGUGGCGGCGGCAGAUGUUGCUGUCGCCGUGGAUGGCGGUGUGUCCCCUCCCACAGAGUCUCUUACGCGGCGCUUUGUGCACUUUUUAUGGGCCUGCUACAAAUACAUUGACGCCCCGCUGGAGUCCGCGCUUCAGCAGAGCGUGGAGCUCGCACAGUUUCUGGAAACCGCCCAGUGCGCCUCGUUCCUUCCACGCCAGCAGCAGCAGGUGCGAUGUGGGCUCUGGGAAAUGCUGCGGGACGCGCAGGCGCGUGAGGUGAGUGUGUUGGAGCUUGAAAAACAAAUGCGCCUGUACGGAGGGCUGGCAAGAGGCGGAGCGAAACGGGAGUUGGCGUCGUGGCCGCAGCCCAGCCGAGACGCGGUGGGGAUCGCCAUGGGAAGUUGCAGGCGUCAGAGUAGUAGCAGUCACGGCGGCGGCGCGGGGAACGUGGCGGGCUCCGCGUGGGACGGGUUGAGUGCGGCAGACGAGGAUGCCCUGCUCGACGCGUUACGGGCGCGUGGGCGAUACCACGCGCGUCUCCCGCGGCACGCUAAUCACUGCCAGCGGCGCAGCGGUGGCGGGAAGAACCCCUCGUUGGCGUCACGGUCGUCGCCUCAGUCGUGUCUGCGCUACGCGCUUGUUGCGGCUCCCGCUGCAUCAGCCGGCGCCGCUGCGGCGGAGCCCGACGACUCCGCCGCCGUACUUGGCAGCGUGGAGUUUCUCACACCCGGCUGUCCCCUCUGCAUUGCGCAGGGGCUCCUUCAAGGCACUUGGACGAGUCUGCAUCUUCUGCAGCUGGUGAACGUGGCGAGCAUCGCCCACCUCUGCGCCGCCCCACUUUUGGUGCCCAGCGACGCCUUAUCAACGACGCCGCGCGAGGCGUUGUGCAUCGGUUACCACGUCGCACAGCAUCAGCUAAAACUAGCCGUGGGAUUUCUGCUCGCCGUCGCUGCACCGCCGGCCCCCUCACCACAGACCACACCUGCCACGCUGCAGGAGCAAAGCACGGGUUCCGUGGCAGAUGAGGAGCGGAAGCAUCACACCGACGUUGUACGCGUGAUCAGUUCACUGGCCACGCACGGGCUUGAGGUCUGUGUGCAUAUUCUGGCGGCACUGCGAUGCCUGGAGCCAGGCAACGCGUACGUGGUCCUCCUGCACGCCGUGGUGCUGGCAUUCUGUGACCGCGACGGUGUCUGCAAAGCAAAGCAGCUGCUGCGUGGAUUUAUCACAUCCGUCUUGGCAGUAUCUAGUGGAAAAGCGCUCCAGGGGGACUGUGACACAUAUGACAUGUGGCUUAGAUUUGAGUCCGCACUGGGCGGUGGAAAUGUGGCCCGACCCGAUGGCGAAGAAGGAAUGUUGCUGCUAGAGCAGGUGGCCACAGGUAUCCUCUUUUCGGUGUUUUUGGAAUUGCUGGAGCUGAAGCAGCUGCCUCCACUGCUCACGCGCGGUCCGUAUGCAACUGCGUGCGACGCGAGAACAAGGGCAACGGCCGCCACGGCUGUUGCCGCCUGCCUUCGGGCCCGUGACGUUCUUGACACGAUGCUGCAGCCGCGUUUAGACAAGUUGUGCGACGCCGCUGACGGCGCCAUUUGCACGCGUGGGCGACAGUCGCAGUCGCUUUGUUGGCUGCUGCGUGGGACGAUUUGUCACACCCUCAACGCGCUAUCGCUCGCGCCGAGCACCGCUGCUAUCUUGUCACUCGCCUACGACGCCGAGGCCCCGCUGGCCUGUACACGCGAGGCGGUAAAGCGUAGUGAUGCGGCACAAGAGUUUGUGGGUCACCCACUUGCCCCCGCGUGGACCGAGCAAAUGCUCGGCGGCCUUGAGGGCGGGGCGGGGAGGCCUGGCGGCAAUCGUCUGCCUUCUGCUCACUCUGACGAGGAUGGCGAGGCGGCCACCGCGGAGUGGCGCCUACGCGUGGACGGAGACGACGCGGCGGCGGCGGCGGCGGCGGGCGGGGGGGACUGGUGGCGGUGCGGGUGUGCUUCCCCCGCGUGA